AUGGAGCUGAACGUAACAGAGGCCAUGCAGAUGACUCCUCCAGGGAUGAUCUUCAUGACGGGUCUCCUGCGCGAGCCGGAGAGCACGAGGCCUCUCGUGUUCACAUUUAUAUUUGUGAUGUACGCCCUCACUCUUAUCGCAAACACAUUGCUGGUUCUGGCCACCUUGCGAGAGGAAGAGCUACACAAGCCCAUGUACAUCUUCAUGUGUGCACUUUUCAUGAAUGGAAUUGUUGUGAGCACCAACACGCUGCCAAGAAUCAUGUAUGAUCUCGUGUCCACCAAUAUAAUUUCCUUUCCCGGUUGUGUCAUACAAAUGAGCUUCAUCCACACCACGAGUCUAUUCGAAUGCUUUAUAUUGGCUGCAAUGGCAGCGGAUCGGUACGUGGCUAUAUGUAAACCCCUCCACUAUAGUUCCAUCCUCACGUCUGUACUCGCUGUUAAAAUAAGCUUCGUAUUAGUUGUGAUUUCAUCCUUAAUGUUAUCAGGAGAAAUGGUAUUGGCAAGCCUUAUUCAGCUAUGCAGCAAGCCAAGAAUUGUAUGGAUGCCAAGUUGUGAUUUUAUGUCAUUGACAAAAAUGAGCUGUGAAGAUGUAACCAUUAACAUAAUAUAUGGGUACGUUAUUACAGCUGUAACAGUUUUUGUCUCACUGGGGAUAAUUGUGUUUUCCUACGUCCGCAUUCUCUACGACUGCCACAAGUCCAACCAGCGCAAAAGUCAGCGUAAAGCAGUCAGCACGUGCGUUACUCACUUCCUUGUCCUCAUUACCUUCUAUGUCUUCUUCCUUUUCAUGGUCUUACAUCAUCGCAUUCCGAGCUCUACAGUCAUCCCCAUCACGAUCCGUUCAACCCUCAGCUCACUCUACUACAUUUUCCCUCCCGCGCUCAAUCCAAUUAUUUACGGCCUUCGUACGGCUGAGAUUCGGCAGAGUUUAGUGAAAAUGUUAAAGUAUAAAGUUGAGUCCAUUUAA